AUGGACAACCAACGUGUGAAGCCAAAAGGUCAACCUACCCAGAAGAAAAGUAUUUUUACAUCACCUUCCUAUCAGUCUUUGGAAGCUUUUGCUGUACCUCUCCCAGUAGACUUAGAAGAUGGAGAUCCUCUGGUGUUGGAGAACAUGACUGGGAGAAAGCCUAACUAUGAGCAGAAGGAACUGAAGGCACAGUAUUCUACAAGACAGGAUAAGCAGGCAGCAGAACAUACCUUGGCCAAGCAAUAUGAAGAAAAGAUCAGACCCUGCAUGGAUCUCAUUGACAACCUAAGAGCUCUUGGAAUAGAAAAAGACCUGAGUUUGCCUAAAAUUGCAGUGAUUGGAGAACAGAGCUCUGGAAAAAGCUCCAUCAUAGAAGCCCUGUCCGGUGUUGCUCUCCCUAGGGGCAAUGGCGUUGUUACUCGAUGUCCCUUGGAACUUAAACUGAAGAGAGCAGCUGCCACUCAGGCAUGGAAAGGGAAGAUUUCUUACCGCAACAUCAGCACAGAGCUCCAGAAUGCCUCUGAGGUGGAGAGAGCAGUAAGAGAAGCCCAGGAUGCAGUGGCUGGCACUAGAGGUGCCAUUAGUGGAGAAUUAAUUUCCCUAGAUAUUUGGUCCCCAGAUGCCUCAGAUCUGACACUAAUUGAUCUUCCUGGAAUUCCCAGAGCUGCCAUGGGGAAUCAGCUAAAAGACAUUGGGGAACAGAUAAAAAUGCUACUUAAAAAAAUUAUUGGCGCCAAAGACACACUCAAUUUGGUAGUGGUGCCAUGUAAUGUGGAUAUUGCAACAACAGAAGCAUUGAAGAUGGCUCAAGAGGUGGACCCCAGUGGAGAAAGGACACUAGGGGUCCUCACAAAGCCCGACCUGGUGGACAGAGGAGCAGAGGAGUCUGUCAUUAACAUAAUACAGAACCGGGUCAUCCCCCUUAAAAAAGGUUACAUGAUUGUGAAGUGUCGUGGGCAGCAGGAUGUCUUCAACAAACAGGCCUUGGCCAUUGCAAUAGAGCAGGAGAGAAUAUUCUUUGAAACCCACAAACACUUCAGAAUUUUUAUGGAAGAAAGAAAGGCUACUAUCCCUUAUCUGGCAGAGAAGCUCAUGAAUGAACUUCUGAGAUGUAUUACUAAAAUAUUGCCAGCAUUAGAGAGCCAACUACGUGAGGUGCUCCAAAAAACACUACAGGAUCUACAGAAGUACCGAAGAAGCACCCCCAGAACAGAAUCUGAACAGCUGAUUUUCCUUGCAGAUAUGAUCAAACUGUUUAAUCAAGACAUCACUCAGACAAUGCGUGGAGAGGAACAGGUGGUUGGAAAUGAAAUCAGACUGUUUGCAAAAAUCCGCAGGGAGUUUCGAGCAUGGGGAGAUAUUCUCCGACACUGUGAUGCAAAGGUUAUGAAAAUUGUACCUAGUAAACUGGUGAAAUACGAAGACCAGUGUCGUGGACGGGAGUUCCCAGGCUUCUCCAACCACAGGCUAUUUGAGGACAUUGUAAGAGAGCAAAUGACAGAACUGGAGGAGCCAGCCAUUGAGAUAAUGAACCAUGUCUUUGGACUGGUUGAAGAGCACUUACUGGCACUCACUAAAAGGCAUUUUGCUAAUUUUCAAAUUCUAUACAGAGCUAUUAAGGCCAGAAUUGAAGCCAUUAAAGAGAAACAAGAAGUGGAGGCUGAAAGACUUAUCCGGACCCAGUUUAAAAUUGAGAAAAUUGUAUACUGCCAGGAUGACCUUUACAUUUCCAAUUUAAACAGCAGUAAGGCAGAAAAUGCUACCAAAGGUGCCACUGGGAAAGAGGUGAAGCUUGAGCCUGUUUUGAACCAAGUGCCAGACUUUGUCCAGGAAAUGAUGUCUCGCACAAAGGCCUAUUUCAAUGGAGCAACUAAACGCCUCUCCAAUCAGAUACCUUUGAUCAUCCUGUCUUCAGCCCUUCAUGACUUUGGGGAUACCUUACAGAGCACAACACUGCAUCUUUUGCAAGAAAAAGACAAGUUAAGCCUAUUCCUUCAGGAAGACAGUGAAGCUGCUAAACAUAGGGACUACCUCAGCCAACGAGCUGAUCGUCUCACCAAAGCCUGCCAAUACCUGAAAGCCUUCACCUCACUGUAG